GGCCAUGAAACUCUGAUGACCAUCCCAGAGAUGUUUCAAGAGUCUGUCGACGGGUUUGGAGCUUACCCAGCCCUGGCCUCAAAAAAUGGCAAAAAGUGGGACAUGCUGACUUUCAGCCAGUACUAUGAAGCGUGUUGGAAGGCAGCCAGGGCACUGAUCAGGCUGGGUCUACAGCGUUUCCAUGGCGUUGGCAUCCUGGGUUUUAACUCCGUGGAGUGGUUCAUCUCUGCCCUUGGGGCCAUCUUGACUGGGGGUCUCUGUGUUGGCAUUCACGCCACCAACUCUGCUGAAGCGUGCCAGUACAUCAUCAGACAGGCCAAAGUGAACAUCUUGCUGGUUGAAAAUGACCAACAGCUACAGAACAUUCUUUCGAUUCCAUCCAGCAGGCUGGAGUGCUUGAAGGCCAUUGUACAGUACAAGCUGCCCAUGAAGGAGAGAAGCAAAAACCUGUACUCUUAGCACGACUUCAUGGAACUGGGCAACAGCAUCACCAACGUGCAGCUAGACAGGAUCAUCCUGAGUCAGAAGGCCAACCAGUGCGCGAACCCCAAGGGGGUAAUGCUGAGUCACGACAACAUCACACGGAUGGCUGGGGUGAUGAUGAGGGAUCUCAGACUGAAUCAUAUCUUGAGGAAGCAGGAGGCAGUGGUCAGCUACCUGCCCCUCAGCCACAUCUCAGCCCAGGUAAUAGACAUUUGGAUCCCCCUGAAGACUGGGGUGCUCACACUCUUUGCUCAAUCAGGGGCACUGCAGGGCACCCUAGUGUCCACACUCCAGGAGGUGAAGCCCACCGCCUUCCUUGGGAUGCCUGGCAUCUGGGAGAAGAUGCAGGAAACCAUCAAGGAGAGUGUGACCAGGUCCUCCAACCUGUGGAAGAAGGUCUUCAAGUGGGCCAAAAUCAUUGGCUUGAAGGUCAACACCAAGCGGAUGCUGGGGAAGAGAGACAUUCCCAUGAACUACCGCAUAGCCAACGCACUUGUGUUCAGCAAGGUGAGGCUAUCCCUGGGUCUGGAUCGCCGCCACUCCUUCCUCAGUGCAGUGGCACCCCUCUCUCAGGACGACUCUGAGUUCUUCCUCGGCCUGGACAUCCACAUCGGUGAGCUCUACGGCAUGAGUGAGAGCUCCGGACCCCACUCCGUCUCCAGCAAGACCAACUACAGGGUCCUGAGCAGUGGCAAGAUCCUCAACGGGUGUAAGAACAUCCUGUACCAGCAGAACAAGGACAGUCUUGGGGAGGUGUGCAUGUGGGGUAGGCACGUGUUCAUGGGCUACCUGGACAUGGAGGAUGCCACAAUGGAGGUCAUUGAUGAGGAUGGCUGGCUGCACUCAGGGGAUAUGGGCUGCUUGGACAAUCAGGGCUUCCUCUACAUCACUGGCCGCAUCAAAGAAAUCCUGAUCACAGCCAGAGGAGAGAGCGUGCUGCCCAUCCCCAUAGAGACACUGGCGAAGGAGAAGAUUCCCAUUGUGAGCAAUGCCAUCCUAGUAGGUGACAAGGCCAUGUUCCUCAGCCUGCUGCUUACAUUGAAGUGUGAGACAGAUCAGAUAACUGGACAGCCCCUGGACAAGCUGAGCCCUGAGGCCAUCAAGUUCUGCCGGGUGUUGGGCAGUCAGGUGACUACCGUGUCAGACAUAGUAAUGCUUCAAGAUCCACUGGUCUACAUGGCCAUCCAGUUCGGCAUAGAUGCAGUGAGCCAGGAAGCCUUGACUGAUGUGCAGAGAGUCCAAAAGUGGAUUAUCUUGGAGAAAGACUUUUCCAUCCAGGGCGGAGAGCUGGGUCCAACAACAAAACUUCGGAGACGUUUCAUAGCCCAAAAGUGCAAGUCGCAGAUCAAUAGCUUGUACUCCUGA